CUUUGGUUUGAUUACAGUGAGUAAUGGAACAGGAAGGUUGUGUGGUGUUUGAGCUGGUCAUUUCGGAUAGCGUUUUGUCACGAGAUCGUGCUAGUUCUGCGUGGAAGUGAAGACUCCUUGCGGCCAUCACCGGACCGCGGAGUUGGAGGAGCCGCUAUCAAUUGCCAGCUGCAUUGCGCAGCAUCGGCAGUGAUGGCAGCGGUGAAUGAUUCUCAGAUCCUUCGGUACGCUAGGGAGGAUAAAGUGGAGGCUUUUAAAGCCGAGAUACUUGAAGGUGGUGUUCUCAAAAAAGAAAUCAAACUCCGAAAGACUAGAUAUGGAGACCCGUUGUUGGCAAGGUUUCUGAAGGAUGCCUGCAGCCACAAUGCUACUUCUGUUGUCAAGUUCUUGGCAAGCACUGUUGACAAGUACUUGGUGAACCAUGAAGGGCAUUACAGUUACCCUCUUCCUACGGGAUCAACUAUCACCUACGGUAGCGCUCUUCAUGCAGCUGGCAAUCAAGGCUCCGUUAAUUGUGUACAGUAUUUGCUCGAUGCCGGUGCUGAUCCCAACGUAACUGAUCGGUUGGGAAAGACACCACUUCACUAUGCCAGUGAGCGGGGACGUACCGGCUGCAUGCGGCAUCUACUGGACAGCAAAGCCAAUCCAAACCAACCGGACAACGAUAAACGGACACCACUUCACUAUGCCACUAUUGAGAACAAGGCCGACUGCGUUCUGCAUCUACUGCAAGCUGGAGCUAACCCAGAUCAAGGAGAUGAGCGGGGAGAGACACCACUUCACUAUGCCAGUGAGCGGGGACGUACCGGCUGCAUGCGGCAUCUACUGGGCAGCAAAGCCAAUCCAAACCAACAGGACAACGAUAAACGGACACCACUUCACUAUGCCACUAUUGAGAACAAGGCCGACUGCGUUCUGCAUCUACUGCAAGCUGGAGCUAACCCAGAUCAAGGAGAUGAGCGGGGAGAGACACCACUUCACUAUGCCAGUGAGCAGGGUUGUGUCGAUUGUAUUCUGCAUCUACUGGACAGCAAAGCCAAACCAAACCAAUGUGACGAGGUGAGGCGAGACUCACCGCCAAGAUCCCCCAACGCGACAGGCUCGGUUGCCGUACAGGAUUCACACCGACCUGUCCGCCCGUCUACAGGAUCGACAGCGGGAGGCCCCAGUGAAUACAUGUACUUUCCAUUGGCAUCAGUAUUCCGCAAUGGCCACACUCCAUUGGACAUUGCGGCAAAGAAGGGUAGACUGCAUUUUGUGAAGCGUCUAGUCCACUACAUGAUACUCUAUAAGACAACAACGCAACAGUGUUUGUCACUAUUUGUACAAGCUUGCGCCAAGUCUGCUGACGAUUGCGCACCAGUACUACAGGACGGCAUCUUGGAUUGCAUAGUUGGUGUGCACAUUAGUCAAGAAGACAACGAUGCUUGGACUGAGGUACUCGGAAGACUAUCCGAACAAUGUAUAUUGUCGCUCACCCAGAAAGCCAUAACCAUUCGGAAAGACCUACCUCCACCGCUUCUGCAAGUUUCACUGAACAGAAUCCGCCGGAAAACUAACCAGCAAUCUCCACUGGUUGUUCGACUUCUGGGUCACCCUGGCGGAGGAAAGUCAUCCCUUCUGGAAUCGAUUCUACACCGUCGCCAUUUCUUUGGCAAAGUCGUGAAUUUCUUCCGCGGUGACCAAUGUGACACGAUACUGGCCUCCAGGACACGAGGUAUGCGACGUUACGUGGAUGACGACGGUACGAUAUACCUCGACCUUGGAGGUCAGUAUCGAUUCAUGUCACAACAUCAGCGACUGACGAAAUUCUCCGACGUCUGGGCUCUCAAUUUGCUCACGGUGUCGGGCAUGGAGUCCAGCGUGAAUAUGAGACGCUGGAUCCGCACCUGGGCAGAUUUCAUCGCCUGCAGCUGCGCAGAGGGCACAGCCACUCGCAACAAAGCUCUUAUUGUUGUGACACGCCGGGACCGACUCUCCAAGGAGCAAAUGACCGCCAUUGAGAAGGAGUGUGCAACGCUGCAGAAAAUCUUAGGCGUGCAUCUGGAAUUCCUGGAUGAACCGAUCCCAUUCGUCAAGGCCAUCAGUGAGACAUGUGAAGGUGUGGCUGCGUUGAGAGAAUUGAUCCAACGACACAAGGAAAAGGUGCAACAAGCAUCUGGACCUGAUUCGGAGGUGGUUGUGUCCAUUUCGGAGGCACUCCUGGAGAAUGUUCGUGAUCAAUGCAGAGACAGUCCUGCUAUCAGCACCGACCAGUUUAUGGAAUUUCUGGCUACAGCAAUUGCUCGCUUUGAUUACAAGUGCGUUGACUCUUCAAUACUUGUUGUACUGAAAGCGCUGAAGGAAGGACUGGAUGUCAACAUGGAGCUGUUCAACCUCCAUCAGAAAGCGCUGUUACGUCAUACCACUGAUGAAUGUGGCAAGAAACUCAUACCGGACACAAACAUGUAG